AUGACAUUGGACGACUUCUUUGGGUCAUUGAAGCGUCUUAAACAUAAUAAUUUCCUAAUAUCAAGGGAUUAUGGUUCUCAUGGCCUAAAAGGAUCAAUAAGAUUUCCAAACAAUCAAUCAAUCAAUUUAUUAUCGACGUUACUUAACAUUUUAUCCUACUUAUCCAGGUCAAGCAAAACUAAAUUCACGAGAAAGUUCUUCGCCUCGAGAGAUUAUUGUUCGCAAUCAUGA